GAGACGGUGCAUCCUCCCUCCCGUUCUCGACCGGGAGGCUCUGGGCCUGGAGUGUGGCGCCAUCCCGGCGGCUUCCUCACUCCAUCCCGGUGACCGCGCUCCCUCCCGUCCACAUCUCUUCUCCCUAACCCCUAUCCUCUUUCCUGACCCUCAUCCAAAGGUGACCCAGGACCCUGCAGAAGCUCCAUGCUUCGGUCGCCGGAGCAUUGUCCCAGGGACAGAGGCUUGGUAGCCCGUGCCGACGAGGGGCACGGUGAACCGGUGGCUCCCGGGCUUCUGGAAGCUCCGAGUGCAGGGAAUCUCUGGGGACUGUGGACAGCUGCCCAAAAGAGAACCAACAACUUCCCGCGGUGGCUACGUGGAAGUGUGGGCUUUGGAUAUCCAGAAGGGAUGUCUGCAAGAUGCCAGUAUGGACAAAAUAGCUUAUGAUGCUUAUCCCCGCCCACCACUUCCGAGAUAUUGAGCGGAAACCAGAAUACCUCCAGCCAGAAAAGUGCAUCCCACCUCCCUACCCCGGCCGUGCGGGAACCAUGUGGUUUAUCCGGGAUGGCUGUGGCAUUGCCUGUGCUGUUGUCACCUGGCUUCUGGUUCUCUACGCAGAGUUUGUGGUCCUCUUUGUCAUGCUGGUUCCAUCCCAAGACUACGUGUACAGCAUCAUCAAUGGGAUUGUGUUCAACCUGCUGGCCUUCUUGGCCCUGGCCUCCCACUGCCGGGCCAUGCUAACGGACCCCGGGGCAGUGCCCAAAGGAAAUGCCACUAAAGAGUUCAUCGAGAGCCUUCAGCUGAAGCCUGGGCAGGUGGUAUACAAGUGCCCCAAGUGCUGCAGCAUCAAGCCUGAUCGAGCCCACCACUGCAGUGUUUGCAAGCGGUGCAUUCGCAAGAUGGACCACCACUGUCCCUGGGUCAACAACUGUGUUGGUGAGAACAACCAGAAGUACUUCGUCCUGUUUACAAUGUACAUAGCUCUCAUUUCCUUGCACGCCCUCAUCAUGGUGGGAUUCCACUUCCUGCAUUGCUUUGAAGAAGACUGGACAAAUAUUCUGCAUGCCCAUGGACUGAACAGGGAAGGAAGUACAGAGACUCCAGUCCCUCUUCUUGACAAAGAGCAGCCCCUUACAGUCCAUUCCACAGAAUGCAGCUCUUUCUCUCCGCCUACCACGGUCAUCCUGCUCAUCCUGCUGUGCUUUGAGGCACUGCUCUUCCUUAUCUUCACAUCAGUGAUGUUCGGGACCCAGGUGCACUCCAUCUGCACGGACGAGACGGGCAUUGAGCGCCUCCAGCGAAAGAACCAGCCCAGGGACCACAUGGCCAGCUGGGAGUCGGUCAAGGAGGCCUGUGGUGGGGACUUUUCCCUGGCCUGGUUCAGUCCCUUCACCAGACCAUGUCAACCAAACACGCCCAUUGACAAGGACUUGGUGCGGCAGGUGUCAUCUAUGACAGAUAUGGACAAUGUGACUACAACCAAGGAUCAAUCAGAGGAUACCAAAGACCAGGAUUCUGUGGACAUGCUGGAUGAAUAGAGGCUAAGAGCCCAGCACAAACAUAGGCCAUUGGCCUUCGUCCUGGGGUGAGGAGAAAACUUUCCCUGAUGCUUCCCCAUGCCGCUUUCUCAGUCUUGCCAUCCCUAUUCCUCCUCUUUCCUUUCCACGUGGGUCAGGUCUGGGGUGGCAGGUACUGGGGAUAUCUGAGGAGAGUGGGACUUGCUCUGCAUUUACCUAAGCAGAGUAUGCCAAAGGAGAUGGCCAUGACUCUUCCCAGGGCUGGGCAGGGCAGGCCAGGGGGAAGAAAGCCUCAUCUGGCUUCGCCUGGGCUGCCCUUUGGGAAUCUCAGGGCCCUGGCUCCUGGCUAUUGAGAAUUCAGGCCAUGAUACCAUGGUAGAAGGGGAGAACAGAGCUGGCCCUGGGGACCUGGGCUGCAACAUGGACAUCAAACACCAGUCUGAAAGGCUACAAGAGGCUUUAGUCACCCCCAGGGAGGGGUUUGCCUUCAGGUCUUAGGCUUAGCUGACAAGAGGAUCCUACACAGCUACAUUAACACAUAUGAGUACAGAGCCUGACCAAGAUGGAAAUGAGUCCAAAUUAUGACAGUAGCUUCUCCAAGUUAGCUCCCAUCACAUAGACAUGGGACUCUUCGCUGCAAGUGGGGAGCUGGUUUGCUGUGGCCACAAGUGUUUUCCCAGGUAAGGUAGGGUUAAGUUCCUGGGGCUUUGCCAGCCUCCCCCAAGAAUCCAGUAACAUACAGUGGCAGGACUGACUGGAAACCCUGCCUAUGUGAUUUUAGAGCCUCUCCUGUGUCAGGAAGAAUGGGUAAUGGUUACGGUCCACAGAUUGGUGGGUCAGGAAGAUAACCACACACGACUCUCCCAGGAUGAGCCUGAGCGCCAUCAACCCAUUUGAAGCCAGGGGUGUCUAUCCAUUACUGACUCAUGGCACCCCGCCUGGAUGCCCCAGCCCCACAGUCACUGCAGCAGCACCUUCUGCAGACUGACCCCUCAGAUAGUCAUGAAUUGCACAGCCAACUCCCCAGCUCAGGCCUUUGUUCUUGACCUAUUUCCCCCACAUUGGCUGGCACCAACCAUGGCAGAGGGCUUGGCACACUGUAGAGUCUGCCCAGGCAAGGUCUCUGUCAUAGCCUCUCUCACAGCUCUAUGUGAGUCCUGACCCAAAAGAACUUGUGGCCCCAAUGAUGUGAAGGGAGGCAGUGUUGAGCUACCACAUCCAGACACUGAGAGGAAAGCCGUAAAGAGCCAAGCUGCAGCCUCGUUCCUGGAGGCAUCUUCAGAGGUGGCUGGAGGAUACAGAUCUUUCUGUCAGAGAGAUCUCCAUAGGCCCAUUUCCUCCAUGCAGACUAGCUUCUGUGUUUAUUAACGCCAGCAGGAGGAGCCAGGAUUGGCCCUUAAGCCAGUUAGCUUCCCCUGCUUGAGAGAGAUGUCCUCUGGUCAAGGGACCUCACCCCUAGCAGCUCUUGAUGAACCACGUGGUAGAUCAUAUAGCAGGAAAACAGGGCUGGUGCCUGGGUCCCUCAGAAGCAGCAGCUAAAGUUAAAAGAAGGGGUUGUUAGCCAGACGUGGUGGUGCAUGCCUUUAAUCCCAGCACUUGGUAGGCAGAGGUAGGUGGAUCACUGUGAGUUCGAGGUCACCCUGAGACUACAUAGUGAAUUCCAAGUUAGCUUGGACUACAGCGAGACCUCACCUUGAAAAAAAGGAGGGGGGUUGUGGUGAGUUCAGGCCUAAGGUCCUGGUAUGUGCACAACCUUAGCCCUUGAAUGUCCUUGCACACUGGGGCUGAAACUUGGCCUGCAGCCCAUCCCAAAAGCCCGUUCUGUUUCCAGAGUGCUUCCUCUGGAAAGUGAUGUUGGAGUUGGCAUUUUGCUUCCACAAACUCAGUCAUGCCCCUCCUUCACUCCUCUCUCACUCCACCACCAUGCUAAGCCUUAGCUACAUCUGGAGGUGCUAAACAGCCAGGGUCUUGUGGGUAGCGGCCUCUCAUCCCUGAGCCUUGGGCCUGCAUACCAUUGACACAGUGGCCUUCUCCUCUUGGUGGCUCCUGACAUGUUCUGCUCAGCCUCAGGCUAAAUGCAGUGCAUUGAUAUAAAUCAGCACCUAGUUUCAACAAGGGAGGCUGGGUACAAACUUGCCUCUUGCUUUAAAUAAAAGUUCUUUGUGGACUGGAGAGAUAACUCAGUGAUUAAGGCACUUGCCUGCAAAGCCUAAGGACCUGGGUUUGAUUCCCCAGUGCCCACAUAAAGCCAGGUGCACAGAGUAGUACAU